UGUGAAGUUGUUUUGUCAGUUGUUAAGAUGAUCCUUCAACAAAUGGAACUCGUAACCAGUACUGAUGUGAUUCGACAUCUUUGCAAGAAAAUGGCUCCUCCUCUCGUGACAUUACUUUCUGCAGAACCCGAGAUUCAGUAUGUUGCCUUAUGGAACAUACCUUAUUGUGCAAAGAAAGCCCACAAUCCUUGCCCAUGAAAUCAAGGUGUUUUUCUGCAAAUACAAUGAUCCAAUUUACGUGAAGAUGGAAAAGAUUGAAAUCAUGAUAAAACUUGCUUCAGACCAAAGUAUAGACCAGGUGUUGUUGGAGUUCAAAGAGUAUGCUACAGAAGUUGAUGCAGACUUUGUUAGAAAAGCUGUUCGUGCUAUUGGAUGCUGUGCAAUCAAGUUGGAGAGAGCAGCUGAGCGGUGCUUUAGUGUUUUACUUGAGCUGAUUAAGAUUAAAGUAAAUUAUGUCGUUCAAGAAGCUAUUAUUGUGAUCAAAGAUAUUUUUAGGAGAUAUCCUAACACCCAUGAGUCCAUCAUUGCUACGCUUUGUGAGAGCUUAGACACUUUGGAUGAGCCAGAGACUAAGGCAUCAAUGAUCUGGAUAAUUGGUGAAUAUGCUGAAAGAAUUGAUAAUGCUGAUGAGCUUCUUGAAAGCUUUUUGGAGAGUUUUCCUGAAGAACCUGCUCAAGCAGCUAAGGAUGUUGUGUUAGCUGAGAAGCCUGUAAUCAGUGAUGAUUCGAACAAACUUGAUCCUUCUCUCCUUGAUGAGCUUCUUGCCAACAUUGCUACUUUGUCCUCAGUCUAUCACAAACCUCCAGAGGCAUUUGUAACACGUGUGAAGACAGCCCAGACAAGUGAAGAAAUAGAAUAUCCUGAUGGAAGUGAAACAGGGUAUUCUGAUACACCUGCUGAGAGUGGUGCAUCAUCACCAGCUACUUCAUGUAAUUCCUACUAUGCUGCAGCCAGGCACCCGGCUGCACCUGUGCCCGAUUAGCUUGAUCUAGGCCUGGAUAGUAAUAGCAAUAGUAAUAGUGUUCUUGUUACUGUUGAUCAAUCUGCAGCCCCUGCUGGGUAUGUAUAAUGGAAGCCACCUUACUGAUAUUAGAGAUUGUUGAGAUGCGUAAAAAUUUGGCUACUGAAAUUGACUGAAAAUUUGUUGUGAUUUGUCUAAAAUUGUUUGGGAGUUUUCCAAUUCUUGAUAUUGGCA